GCAAUGUCUUGUGAUCAAGCCUCCAAUAGUGGCGUUCCCGGCAUAGGCCCUUUUCCGUACCAGGUCAUGCUUGCACGGAACCACGCUAAGAUUUGUCGAGUGCUGACUUCCCGUCUCCAGAAUUUUCCAGACGCCGUGGAAGAGGCCAGCUGGCUGCACUAA